AUGGCGGCGGAGCUUGCCUGGGCGGCGGCCCCAGCCUUUUUCAGCCGCCCCUUUGCAGUCGUGGCGGCGGCAGCAGCGGCGCCUGACGGCGGCGGCGAGCAGGACGAAUUCGAAGAAUACGAAGAAUACGAGGAGUAUGAGGAGUACGAGGAGGGGGAGCAGCAGGCGGCCGCCGCCCCCAGGCAGCUGCCCGCCGCCGCCCAGGAGCAGCAGCCGCAGGGGCCCGCCGGCGAGGGCGGGGAGGGCGAGGAUGAAGGCGAGCAGGGGGAGGAGGACGAGGGGGAGGGGGACGCAGAGGCCGCGGCGGGGGCGGGUGCUUACCCCGAGCCGAAGCAGCGGGGGAUGUACCUGCAGAACCUUCUGUCGGAGGCUGUGGAGGACUUUUUGGCGGUCCAGGUCGCUGCACACGAGAGCGCCUCGGACACUGUGGUGUUGGGCCUGUGCGACGACCCAGAUCUCCUGAUCCAAGGGGACCUGUUCGUCUGCCGCCUCGACUUCUCAUUGGGAGAGGGUAUCGUGGAUCGCCACCAACAGGUGGGGGCGACGGGCGCAGCAGGGCCCCCCUGCAUCGGCGGCGGCUGCGCGCGCUCGGGCGGUGCCCUGAUGGCGCCGUUCCCGCGGGGCGGCGGCGGCUGA